CGCGGACACCCGGAGAGGCAGUUCCGGCGCCCUGACACCUUUCUCGGCCCCCAGCGCACCCGAGGCCCCCUCCUCAGAGGAGUCAGAGUGAGCGUCCUCCCGACCGGCUCAGGACCAGCCCACAGGACGAAGGACCAAAGGUGUUUCUGCACAUCGAGAUCCUCCAUUUGUACCCUCAGCCAUGAGCCGGCGUGUGGUUCGGCAGAGCAAGUUCCGCCAUGUAUUUGGGCAGGCCGCGAAGGCAGACCAGGCCUAUGAGGAUAUCCGUGUGUCCAAAGUCACCUGGGACAGCUCCUUCUGUGCUGUCAACCCUAAAUUCCUGGCCAUUAUCGUGGAGGCUGGAGGCGGGGGUGCCUUCAUCGUCUUGCCUCUAGCCAAGACAGGACGAGUGGAUAAGAACUACCCACUGGUCACUGGGCACACAGCCCCUGUGCUGGACAUCGACUGGUGCCCACACAACGACAAUGUCAUCGCCAGUGCCUCAGACGACACCACCGUUAUGGUGUGGCAGAUCCCAGACUAUACCCCUGUGCGCAACAUCACAGAACCGAUCAUCACACUCGAGGGCCACUCCAAGCGUGUGGGCAUACUCUCCUGGCACCCAACUGCCAGGAACGUCCUGCUCAGUGCAGGUGGAGACAAUGUCAUCAUCAUUUGGAACGUGGGCACCGGGGAGGUGCUACUGAGCCUGGACGACAUGCAUCCCGACGUCAUCCACAGCGUGUGCUGGAACAGCAACGGCAGCCUGCUAGCCACCACCUGCAAGGACAAGACCCUGCGCAUCGUUGACCCCCGGAAAGGCCAAGUAGUGGCGGAGAGGUUUGCAGCCCACGAGGGGAUGAGGCCCAUGCGGGCUGUCUUCACACGCCAGGGUCAUAUCUUCACCACGGGCUUCACCCGCAUGAGCCAGCGAGAGCUGGGCCUGUGGGACCCGAACAACUUCGAAGAGCCAGUGGCACUGCAAGAGAUGGACACAAGCAACGGAGUCCUGCUGCCCUUCUAUGAUGCCGACUCCAGCAUCGUCUACCUGUGUGGCAAGGGCGACAGCAGCAUUCGGUACUUUGAGAUCACCGACGAGCCACCUUUCGUGCACUACCUGAACACAUUCAGCAGCAAAGAACCACAGCGGGGCAUGGGUUUCAUGCCCAAGCGGGGCCUGGAUGUCAGCAAAUGCGAGAUCGCCCGGUUCUACAAGUUGCACGAAAGAAAGUGUGAACCGAUCAUCAUGACUGUGCCCCGAAAGUCAGACCUGUUCCAAGACGAUCUAUAUCCAGAUACACCCGGCCCGGAGCCGGCCCUAGAAGCAGACGAAUGGCUAUCCGGCCAGGACGCCGAGCCAGUGCUCAUUUCGCUCAGGGAAGGUUACGUCCCGCCCAAGCACCGCGAGUUGCGAGUCACCAAGCGCAACAUCCUUGACGUGCGCCCGCCCUCCGGCCCCCGCCGCAGCCAGUCAGCCAGCGAUGCUCCCUUAUCGCAGCAACACACCCUGGAGACGCUGCUGGAGGAGAUCAAGGCCCUCCGCGAGCGAGUGCAGGCCCAGGAGCAGCGCAUCACGGCUUUGGAGAACAUGCUGUGCGAGCUGGUGGACGGCACAGACUAGCAGGGCGCGUCCGGCGAAG